UACUGGCCACGCACUGCUGCGCCGCUGUUGCUGCUGCUUGUUCCGUGGACUACGGCCGGCACGGUCGACGGAUGCGCUGCGUACAAAAGUGCGGUAAUCUUGCCUUGAUUUGAUCAGCCGCAGUGGCAACAGCCCUUUGAGAUAAUCGACACUCCAUUUGAGCGCUCCGUAUCCGGGUUCGCCGAAGGCAUUUGUUCGCAUCGUGUCGUGCGCCAGCUCGGAGGACUUUGCGUGUAGUUCUCGGCCCCACCAUGAUCAACACUGGAAAGCUAGCUGGGAGGACGCUGUUCAUCACUGGUGCCAGCCGAGGGAUCGGCAAGGAGAUUGCCCUGAAGGCUGCCAAGGAUGGUGCCAACGUGGUCAUUGCUGCCAAGACGGCCGAUCCCAACCCCAAGCUGCCAGGCACCAUCUAUACAGCUGCCGAGGAAGUGGAAGCUGCGGGAGGCAAAUGCUUGCCCUGUGUCCUGGAUGUCCGUGAUGAGGAGCAGGUCAAGCGGGCAGUGGGUGACGCUGUUUCCAAAUUUGGCGGCAUCGACAUCCUGGUCAACAAUGCGAGUGCCAUCAGCUUGACACAGACGCAGACCACGGAGAUGAAGCGCUACGACCUGAUGCACUCUGUGAACGUCCGCGGCACAUUCCUCACCUCCAAGUACUGCAUUCCCCACCUGAAGAGGUCCAGCAAUCCGCACAUUCUCAUGCUCAGCCCACCGCUCAUCAUGAAAUCAAUCUGGUUUCAGAACCACCUAGCCUACACUAUGUCCAAGUAUGGAAUGUCCAUGUGCGUUUUGGGCUUGUCCGAGGAACUACGACCAGAUGGCAUCGCCGUCAAUGCUCUUUGGCCAAAGACAGCCAUCCACACAGCGGCCAUUGAGAUGCUUAUGGGUGCUGAGCAUGGCCAAAGCACGAGCCGCAAGCCAGCCAUUAUGGCCGAUGCUGCGUACGCCAUCCUGACCAAGCCCAGCCGGUCCUUCACUGGCAACUUCUGCAUCGACGAGCGAUUGCUACGUGAGGAAGGCAUCAAGGACUUCGAGCAGUAUUCAUGUGUGCCUGGCUCCAAGCUGCAGCCAGACUUCUUCAUUCCGGACGAUGUCCUCGCCGAGUUUGACCAGGAGCAGGUGUCGUCGCUGGGCAUCGGCAGCAGUGCUGCGCCACCUCUUUCAGCAUCGGCUGCUCCUUCCGGUAGCCCCGCUGCCGAUGGUGUCGACGGCAUCGUGCAGAAGAUUAGCCAGAAGCUGAGCCCUGAACUCGUCACUCAGACAGGAGGACUGUUCCUCUUCCAAGUCAAAGGUGGCGAUGACUUCUUCGUGGAUCUCCGAACGGGACAGGGCAGCGUAGGCAAAGGCCAGCCGUCAGAAGGCAACUCGCCCGACGUCGUCUUCACCAUGGACACUGACAGCCUGGUCAAGAUGUUUGCGGGCAGCCUAAAGCCAACAGCGGCCUUCAUGAGUGGCAAGAUGAAAAUCAAGGGGGACAUGGGAAAGGCCAUGAAGCUCGAAAAGCUGAUGGGCAGCCUCAGGGCCAAGCUCUAGUAGACCAAGCAUGUUCCUUUUCUGUUUGGCACCAGUAUUGUCACGUUCACCACCUUUGAUCCAUGCGGAGAAAGAAUGACCGAAGCUAGACACCGACAGUGCCACCCAUCUCUGGAAGGUCACAGGAGAAGUAGAUCUUUCAGCCAACUCGGCACGGAGACUGUGCUAAACAUUUGCUGGAUCAAAUGUUGAAUGUGCUCUCACGUUUGCGAGACUCCUGCACAUUUGCAUGCACGCCGACCUUUGGGAGACGUGGUGAGAAGACGUAAUUACGUGAAAUGGUGUGAGCUACAUUCUGAAUGUACGGGGGCGGGAGCUUUCUGAUCAACUUAUUUUGUGCCGAGGGUGUACUUCACCAGGGAAGUGGAUGACAUAGAAGCUUUAUAUAACAGUGAGCUCAGUGAAUAUUGUGCUUUACCAAUGAGAUUUGUUUUCGUUUUCCGGUUUGGGUUCUUCAGAUAUUUCAACGAUCCUGCAAGUGGUUAUAUCCCAGUUGUUGCUUGGUAUGGUGCAAUGUUGUUGAAUGAAAUAGUAGUUGAUUUGCAUGGCUGAGCAACUGUCGGUAACAAAUUAUGUUGCAUGUUACUUAUAAACGAUGGCUUUGCUCAAUAGACUGGACAUUCCAUCUGCACUGCACUGGUGGAAUUCAAUGCAUUAAUUCUAGUGCUCUCUAUCGAAAGAUAAAUCACAAUUGAAAAAUAAAUUGCUUUAUUCAAGGCCUGCAUUUUCAGUUGCUUGUUUCAUGUAGUUGUUGAACUUUUUUCAUAGCAUCUUCAUUAUUUUUUACUGGAGGAUAUCGGAUUACUUUACAUAUAAGACUUUAUGGUGGUUUUCUACUCUUGCAGCUGUGCAGCUUGUACUAUGCAUGCUAUGCAAAUGUUAGUUGUUUUUGGCACUGAAGCUGGUAGAGUCGAACGUGGAUAUACCGAAUCUGAAGGCGAUCACAAAAAGUUCGAUAUAUAGGUAAUUCAAUAUAUAAAAUAAAGCUCUUAUACAGAAAUUUUCAAGGGGAUGUUACAACUGUCUCAUACACACAAUAAUUCGUUACAUGUGGGUUCAGUAUAUCCGGGUACGACUGUAGUGUACAUGAUACACUCAUGUGCCUUACUGGAGUUGUUGAUAUGCCUUCAGAACUGCUCGGCUGUGCAACAAGAAUUAUUCCAUGGUUUGCAUAACAUCUUGUUAAUGAUUGCUAACAAUGUUUGAUAAAUUUGGAUAUCUUGCAGUAAUAAUGAAACAUGCACAAUAUACUAGUGAACAUUGAAAGUUGUCAAGGCAUGGCCACACUAGCAGAUAAAUAUGCACAUAUAGUUGCUUGCAUCAAAAGGCACCAGUGGAGGUACGGCCACUGGCCAUCUGCUGAUCCACUGUGAUAGUCAUUUGAUAAGAUUUGCAAUUAAUGCACGCUCUCCACUGCGACCAGCGAUGAUUCCAGGCAGAGUUGAGAGAGAGCAACAUUCUUGUGUGCCAAUUGCCCAUGUGAGCAAAGAAACUGCUUUCCAUUGGCCUCACUGUCUAGCUAUCUGCAGCCUGUUGCCAACCAUGCUCCUGAGAGCCAUUUGUCUAUGUGGAGGAGAACAUGCGCCUCUUGUCAGCCUCUAUGGUAUGUGCCACGAUCAUGUGCUGCACAUAUUUUCUCACAAAUGUGGCUAUACCUUCACAGGUUGUGUGUGCUGAGUUCUGUAGCUUGCAGUGGCAGUUUUAUUCACAUGUGUAAUGCAUGCCAACAAAAAACACCAUUAGCUGGUGCACGUGGUUCUUCAAGGAAUAAAUCAAUCGUGUGUGAAAGACAUAGAGUAGUGACUGCCACUGUCGGUGCUCGCUUAUUUUUUUCGUAGUAUUACCUUUGCUACUGUUGUUGCUGGGUUUAUUGUAGCUUGUACGCUGUAGCGAUUUCUUUAAGUGCUUGUUUUUUUGCAUGUAAUAAUUAUAUUGUUUGUAAACUCCAACUCCUUAAAAAUGACGAUUCUUGAUAUGUUACAGCACCCUUAAAUGAUGUCCAACUCCACUCGAUAGUGGUGUGAGCUCAGGAUGGAUAUUGGUUUGUUUGAAUGCAUUUUUCUAUGUACGUUUGGUAUACAGUCUAUGUAAUGCUUGCAUUUGUGGUAUGCAUGCAAUUUCAGGUGAUGAUUACUUAAUAUAUACCUUGUUAACUAUGUUUCUGCCGUACUUGCUUAGCCUUAAGUGCACAUUAAAGAACCUCAUACGGUCAAGAUGAACUUGAAGCCUUCCAACGAGGCAUCUCUCACAGUCAACAUGUAGUCUUAGCACACUACAUGGUAUCGUUUAUAAGUAUCGCUACGGCGAUUUAUAUUCCUUCUUCCUGCUCAUUCGUCAGUGAGCAAAAGACAUGCUCUAAUUAGGCGAUCCUUCAAAUUUCAAAUUAAGACCACCACUGCGUUAAACAGGACUCGCAGGUUCUGCGCAUAGAAGAGUAAAGUAAUGCUAAUGAUAGCAAGGAGUGGUACAGACUGGUUCAUUAUUUCAAGGCACAUUUUAAUGGAUGUUUGCAUAAAACUGCUUCCCUUGAGAUUAUUGUAGCUCUGCUCGAGAGCUAGUGAUAUUGUCAACGUGCAUCAAUGAAGAAAGAGGCAAAUGUCUUGCACAACCGUGCACUUCUAUUGUGCGCUCGAAGAACAGCUGUUUAUCAUGAGCAUCUUUUGCAAACACUUUUAUGAUGGGCACAUCAUGCUACCUGCUAAAUAUAGUGGCCAAAUGCUUUUGUACUUUAGUUGUACUUUAGUACUUGUACUUUAGUACACAGAGGAAGACGGACUACAUUUCAGGGAUAAUCCUCAGACUUGGGCUGAAACUGUGCAUUGGCAAGUCUUGCUCGCAUUUACUAAGCAGCUGUGUUGGCAUCGGCUGUGCUCGCAUUGCAUAGAUAUUACAGCUAAAGCUGCCUUUGGGAACCUCGAAAGCACUGAACUACUUGGCUACCAAAGAUUUCAGGCAGCCUAAGCUGAGCACAAAAAAAAUAUAUAUAUUUUAUGCAGCCUUUAUUUGGGAGCAGGUAAAAAGUACUAAUCGCUCUCCUGAUGUAGAACAAUGGUGUAAUAAACCUGGGUUGUACAUAUGUCA